AUGCUCCACAAGUGUGAGAUGUGGGAACAGGAUUCAGAAGUGGACCAAGGGCGCCUCGAGGGAGAACCAGAGGAUAUUGUUGCUCUCCUAGCUUGCUCAAUACCAGAGGGCUAUAGUACUGGGGGCUGGUUCUUCAAUCACAGCGAACACUGCUUCUCUGGUUACAGGGGGGCUGUUUCCCACUCCAGCAGGUCUCCACUCCCCCCUCUGUUCUUGCCUCCAGGCCACUUGGACAGCGUGUUCUACUCCAUCUCCUCGGGGGACCCGCACGGCUACUUCUCUGUGGACCCAGAACUGGGGGAGCUGCACACCAGCCUGCCCCUGGACGACGAGGCUCAGCCCCUCCUCCUCCUGGAGGUCCAAGCCCGCAGCGGCUCCCCUCCCGCCUACAGCAGCGCUCGGGUGCAGAUCAGCAUCACGGACGUGAACGACAAUGCACCCGCCUUCCUGGCCCCCUCUGACUCGGUGCUGCUACCCGAGGGGGCUGCCCUGGGCACGGUGGUCUACACCCUGCAGGCGGAGGACCGUGACAGCGGGGUGAAUGGGCAGGUGCGCUUCGAACUGGCCUCAGGAGGGGCCAGCGCUUUCACAGUGGAGCACUUCUCCGGGAAGGUGCGGCUCGCAGGGGCCCUGCAGCGGGAGACCAGUGCCCCCUACAGACUGGUCAUCCUGGCGCAGGACGGCGGGGUCCCCCGGCUCAGUGCCACCUUCACCCUCUUGGUUCACCUGCAAGCAGCCGAUGAGCACAGCCCCAUCUUUGACACAAUCACCUACCGCGUGGAGGUGCGCGAGGGCGUGCCCGUGAGCACCCGCUUCCUGCAGGUGCGAGCCCUGGCACGGGAGCCCAGUGCCCCAUUGGCCUACCACCUGCGGGCCGAGGGGGAUGCAGCCAGCUUUGGCAUCGCCCCAGACACUGGCUGGCUGUACGUGCGCAGCACCCUCGACCGGGAGGUGCAGGAGCUGUACGUGCUGACGGUGCUGGCGGUGGCCGGGGAGGGCGAGGGUCGCCAAACUGGCACCAGCACCGUGCGCGUCACUGUCACGGAUGAGAAUGACAACAGCCCCCGCCUGAGUGAGGAGCGCUACUUCUUCACUGUGGCUGAGAACAGGCCGGCAGGCAGCAGCGUGGGCCGGGUGACGGCCAGCGACCGGGACGCGGGACAGAACAGCCGCCUGGCCUACCGCCUGGUGCCAUCCGAGGGGAACUUCCUGAUCCACACCCAGACUGGGGAGCUGAGCCUUCGGAGGAGCCUGGACCGGGAGCAGCAGGCCAGCUACCAGCUGCAGGUCGUGGUUCAGGACGGGGGGACGCCACCACGCAGCACCACUGGCACCGUCUACGUCACUGUCCUGGAUGAGAAUGACAAUGCACCCACCUUCCUGCACGUGGCCGAGGGCCGCGAACUCCUCCUCCAGGUUCUGGAGGAGAAGCCGGCUGGGCUGCUGGUGGCUUCGCUGAGGGCCAAAGACCCAGACGAGGCAGAGAACGGCACUGUCUUCUACUCGCUGUCAGGUGCCUGGGCAGAGCGCUUCUCCCUGCACGUGGCCACCGGGGAACUGCGGACAGCCACCCGGCUGCGCCAAGCAGAACGGGGCGAGUACGCUUUCACAGUGACAGCAAGCGACCGAGGUGCUGCCCCCCAGAGCACAACAGCAGCCGUGCGCAUCCAAGUGGUGUCCACAGCCCGCCUGCUGCCCCGCCCUGACACCACGGUGCUGACCUUUCACCCCUCGGAGGGCCUGCAGCCGGGCUCUCUCAUUGGCUGUGUGGCCCCCCCAGAGCCACCUGCACCUGGGCAAGUGACCUACAUGCUGGUGGGGGGCAGCAGCGGGGACGGCCUCUUUGUGGUGGACCCAGGCACGGGGAACAUCUACGUGGCCCAGGAGCUAGACUACGAAGCAGGGAUGAAGCACAGCCUGCAAGUGAGCAUGGAAGACGUCCUGCAGGGCUACCCCAGCCAGCGCCUGGUCUUGGUCGAGAUCCAUGUGCAGGACAGCAACGACCACGUUCCCACGUGGCCCCAGGACCCUGUCACUGUGGUGGUGUCUGAGGGGGCCACCCCUGGCACAUCCCUCUUCACCUUCCAGGCCCUGGAUGGGGACGGCCCAGGACCCAACAGCCAACUGCGCUACAACCUCUUGCACCAGGAGGCCCCCCAGGCCCCCUUCCAGCUGGAUGCGCGCAGCGGGGAGCUGAGCCUGCAGGGGGCACUGGACCGCGAGACUCAGUCAGCCUACCUGCUGGUGGUCCAGGCCACAGACCAGGCUCUCAACGCUAGCCAGCGCCACUCGGCGGCUGUCACUGCCCACAUCUUCGUCACGGACGAGAACGACAACGGGCCUGAGUUCUGCACCCCCUCGAGAAUUGACAUCCCUGAGGACCAGCCCGUGGGCUUCCUGGUGCUCCAGGUGGUGGCAAGGGAUCGGGACCUGGGAGAGAACGGGAGGGUCAGCUAUGCGCUCCGAGCAGGGAACCUGGAUGGGCGAUUCCACCUCAACCCCAACACAGGCGCCCUAUCCAUCGUGAGGACACUGGACCGGGAGGAAGUAUCCCAGCAUAACUUGACAGUGGUAGCCACGGACCACGGGUCGCCACGGCGCUCUGCCACGCAACUCCUGCAUGUGCAUGUGCUGGAUGUGAACGACCAGGCGCCUGCCUUUGAGAGAAACAGCUACGAAGCCAGUGUGGCAGAAAACCUGCCCCCUGGUGUUCCGGUGCUGCAGCUGCAUGCCACCGACCCCGACCUGGGAUCCAAUGGGCAGGUGUCCUAUGGCGGCAUCUCUGGGGACGAGUUCUCCAUCGACCCCCACACAGGUCUGAUCAGCACCCGGCGCUCCCUAGACCAUGAGGAGCGGGCAGAGCACUUGCUGACAGUGUACGCACGGGACAAGGGGCUGCCCCCUCGCCAGGCCAAAGCCACGGUCCGCAUCCUGGUGGCAGAUGACAACGACCAUGCACCCACCUUCCAGGCUGAGGCUUCUUCCCUGGAGGUCCCAGAGAACCAGAGCCAGGUGGAGCUGACCACCGUGCGGGCCACGGAUCACGAUGCAGGAGAAAAUGGGCGCCUCACCUAUCGCCUGGCAGCUGGAGACUCUGAGGAAGACUUCGCCUUGAACCCCGUCUCCGGCCAGCUGUCCACAGCACGAGGCCUGGACCGGGAGCGUGUGGCCAGCUACGCCCUGACUGUCCAGGCCUGUGACCACGGCUCCCCCCCACGCUGCGCCAGCCUGGCGCUCCACGUGGAAGUGCUGGAUCUGAACGACAAUGCCCCUCACUUUGCCCAGGAAAGCUAUGUGGCCGAGGUGCCCGAGGACUUGCCCGUGGGGGCGCUGGUGCUGCAGCUGGAGGCCAAGGACCCGGACGAAGGGCCCAAUGGACGCAUCUCCUACUUCCUGGCCAACGAGUCGCUGGGCACCUUCCAGGUGGAGCCUCAGACAGGCCGCCUCACCACCACACAGCCACUGGACCGGGAACACCGAGACUCUUACCGCUUCGUGGCUGUGGCCGUGGACUCGUCCCCACUGAGCCCCCGCAGUGCUUCCGUGCAGGUCACGGUCAGCGUCCAGGACGUCAACGACCACAUCCCGGCCUUUCCGCUCAGCCCACUUUCUGUCACGCUGCCCCGCAACAUGCCCACCAAGCGGGUGGUGGCCACGCUGCGGGCUGAGGACCAUGACGCGGGCGCCAACGCCUCCCUCCUCUACCGCCUGGCCGCCCCCAGCCCCGCCUUUGCCAUCAACACCUACACAGGUGCCAUUCAGCUGCUGCAGCCCCUGGGCACCCUCACCCAGCGCCAGCGCACUGUCUUCGUCCUGGCCAGCGACCUGGGGGAGCCCCCGCUCUCCUCCAUCGGAGUGGUGGUCAUCCACCUGCAAGACGAGGGCUUCCGGGGGGUCCGCUUCCCCCGCAGCACCAGCGAUGUGACGCUGCCAGAGAACGCUGUGGCAGGCACCACCGUGCUGAGCACCCCAGCCACCCACACAGCCGGCUCCUCAGGCCGCAUCAGCUACAGCAUCAUCAGUGGCAAUGAGAAGGGCGCUUUCCACAUCCAGCCCAGCUCAGGCCUGGUGUCCGUGCAGAAUCCCCGCAGCCUGGACUUUGAGCUGAGCCCCCGCUUGCGCCUAGUGCUGCAGGCAGAGUCCGCCUCCUCCUUCAGCUUCAUGGCUGUGAACGUCAACCUGCAGGACGUCAACGACAACCACCCGCGCUUCCGGCUGCCCAACUACGUGGCCUUCAUCUGGGAGGCCCAGGGCUAUGACUCGCCUGUCAUCCAGGUUGUGGCAGAUGACUUGGACCAGGGUCCCAACGGGCAGGUGACGUACACCAUCAACCAGACGCUGCCCAUGAAUGGGCUCUAUCGCAUCAACAGCCAGACGGGCGCCAUCACGACAGCGGCCAUUCUGGACAGGGAGAUUUGGGCCCAGACCCGCCUGGUGCUGACUGCAACAGACCGAGGAAACCCUCCCCUGGUGGGCUCUGCCACCCUCACGGUGCUGGUGAUGGAUGUGAAUGACAACAGCCCCACCAUCCCUGCCCCCUGGGAGGUGCGAGUGCCUGAGAAUGCCCUGCUGGGCACCGAGAUCACCAUGGUGACGGGCAACGACGUGGACUGCGGGCCGCAGCUCUCCUACAUGCUGGUGUUGGACAGUGGCACCGCUGGCACCUUCAGCAUCCUGCGCUACGGGGGCCGCAUCACUCUGCUGGGGCCGCUGGACUAUGAGCAGCGCAGCCGAUAUGCACUGACCGUGCGCGCCUCAGACUCUCAGCACGAGACGGAGGCCAACGUCACGGUGCUGGUGGAAGACGUCAACGACAACCCUCCGGUCUUCUCCCAGGCCCUGUAUCAGGUUGUACUGCCAGAACACACCCGAGCCGGCAGCCCCAUCCUGACCCUCAGCGCCACAGACCUGGACUCGGGCGCCAAUGGGGAGGUCACCUACCAGCUGGCCAGGCCAAGCCGCUUGGUCUCCAUCCACCGGACCAACGGGACCUUGUUCACCACGCAGCUCCUGGUGCUGGACCCGGGGUGCUCCACACUGGACAUCCUAGUGGAGGCUCAUGACCGGGGCACACCCAGCCUUUCGGCCUGGACCACGGUGCAGAUCCAAGUGCUGGAUGUGAACGACCACGGGCCUCAGUUCUUGAAGCCGCACUACAACGCCUGCGUGUCAGAGGACCUGCACCCGGGGACCACCCUGCUCACCCUGGAAGCCAUAGAUGCCGACGUGACGCGGGAGAAUGCGGCCCUUGACUACACCAUUGUCAGCGGGAACAGUGGCCACGCCUUCCAGUUGGAGGGCCGUUCCGGGGGCGCCAGCGCCCUGGUGCUGGUGGAGCCCCUUGACUUUGAGGCCGUGGCGGUCUACAACUUGACGGUGGCCGUGUCAGACCGGGGAGUGCCUCAGCACAGCGCCGUGGUGUCCGUACUUCUCACUGUGCUGGACGUCAAUGACAACCCCCCGGUGUUUGGACGCUCUGCCUACCACGUGGCCGUGAGCGAGGGCACCGUGCCCGGGGCAGAGCUGCUGCGUGUGGGAGCCCAGGACCCUGACUCGGGGGCCCACGGCCAGGUCCGCUACACCAUCAGCUCCGGGGACCCUGGCGGGCUCUUCCAGCUGCACCCAUCCACAGGGGCACUGCGCCUGGCGAAGGCACUGGACUGCGAAGCCCAGGCCCUGCACAGCCUGGUGGUGCGGGCCUCGGAUGGAGCAGGCGGCCACUUUGCCCUAGCGUCCGUCACUGUGGAGGUGAAGGACGUCAAUGACAACCUCCCCUACUUCCCCCUGGAGGUGCUGAGCUGCAGCCUGCGGGAGAACCUGCCGCCAGGGAGCCUGGUCACCACUGUGCGGGCCGUGGACCUGGACGUGGGAGCCUUUGGGGAGCUGUCCUACGCCCUGCUGCCGACCGAGGGGAGGGAGGCCUUCGCCAUCAACAGCAGCUCCGGGGAACUGCACGCGCUCCAGCCCUUUGACUUUGAGCGCACGAAGGCCAUCCAGCUGCGGGUGCAGGCCACGGAUGUUGGCAACACGUCGGCCACGGCCACUGUACGUAUUCUGGUGACUGGGGAGGAUGAGUAUGACCCCGUGUUCCUCAGCCCAGCCUACAGCUUCGAGGUCCCCGAGGGUGCCCAGCGGGGGCAGAGCAUUGGGGCCGUGGUGGCCACAGAUGAGGACGAAGGCCCCGACGGCGUGGUGCUCUACACGCUGCUCAAGCAGUCUCCCUUCUUCGGGAUCAACCAAACCAGUGGCACCAUCUACCUGCGUGUGGACAGCCAGGCGCCCUCGGGGGGGCCUCCCAAGCAAGAGCCCCGGGAAAUGGUGCUGGAGGUGCAGGCCCACAGCCCCUUGCCCGCCUCGCGCUCGGCCUCCACCCAGGUCACCGUGGACGUGACGCACACCUCCUUCGGCCUGGUGCCUGACCUCAACCUGCUGCUGGUGGUGGCCGUGGCCGCCUCCCUCGGCGUGGUGGUUGUGCUGGCCACUGUGGCCAUUGUGCUGGCCCUGGUCCGCUCACGGCAGAGCCGUGGCCCCAAGGAGGUGGAUCUGGCCCAUGUGCAGAGCGGCUCCAUGCAGAAGCUGGGCCACAGCGAGCCAGCCCUGCCCGGCGGUGACUGCCUCUACCACGAGGCUCUGCCUGGCUAUGGCACGGAACCGGCCGGUCCCUACACCCGGGGUGGGUCUCUGGACCCUUCCCACUCCAGCGGGCGAGGCUCAGCCGAGGCAGCCGAGGAUGAUGAAAUCCGCAUGAUCAAUGAGUGCCCCCGCAUGUCCAGCGUCACCUCCUCCCUGCAGGAGCACCUGGCGGCUCGCGGACCUGACUCCGGCAUCCAGACGGACGCAGACCGUCUCUCUGACGUCUCCUGCGAGCCUGCCACCCUGGAUGCGGCUCACUGGUUCAAGAACCGGAAGGGGCCCGGUGGCCUGCUGCUUCCCGGCCAGCCCCCCCAGCUCUACCGGGAGGACGGGGGCAGCAGCGGUCCCUACCUGGGGGCCGGCUGUGGGCUCAGCGUCUCCUCCGCCCCCAAAGACUACUCUUUUCCGGAGGACGGGAAGCCAUGUGUGGAUGGGUCCUUGACAGCCAUUGUGGCCAGUGAUGAGGAGCUUCGCGGCAGCUACAACUGGGACUACCUCCUCAACUGGUGCCCCCAGUUUCAGCCACUGGCCAGCGUCUUCACAGAAAUUGCCCGCCUGAAGGACGAGAGCUCCCUGCGUAAGCCCUUCCCCACCAAGCCCAAGCCCCGCAUCGACCCACCUCCACUCAUCACCUCCGUGGCGCACCCGGGCGCCAAGUCAGUGCCCCCCAAGCCGGCCGUGGGGCGAGCCUUCCCCCACCUGGCCACAGCCUCCUCCUCCUCUCUGCGACGCUCCCCCAUCAGCCAUGAGGGCUCCCUCUCCUCGGCCGCCAUGUCACCCAGCUUCUCUCCCUCUCUCUCCCCACUGGCAGCGCGAUCCCCCAUGGUCUCACCCUUCGGGGUCUCCCAGGGGCCCUCGACGUCCGCCAUCAGCACCGAGCAUUCCCUGGAGGCCUCUGAGGAGGCCGAGCUCCGCAUUUAGCUUGGGACUCUGGAAAGGGUGUUGACUGAGCACAAGCCCCCUCCCCGCACUCCUGGAGCCGAGACUGGGACUUUGCUAGGCUGGCUCCUGCGUCUGGGGAGCUCUGCCUGCAGGAGAGUCGUGGGUUGCAGAAACUGCCCUGGCAUCACCGUCCUCACCUCUUCCUCGAUGCAAAGGGAUGCUGUGAGGGGCAGAAUGCGUCCCUCUCCAGGCAACUGGCUGGCAAAAGUGGUGGCAGGACAUGGGCUGCGCUCCCAGGGGGGCAUUCCAUGUGACAGAUCUCAUUGCCAUCCUUCCACUGCCCCCGACCCAUGUACAGACGCUACUCACAGGAAGACACACACCACCUUCUCAGUAUUGUUCCACCCCCACCCACCCCCAUGUGGCACUGCUCCCCCAUGCACACGGAGCUGGCUGGGCUGGGUCUGCUGAAGGGGCGUCUGGCUGAAGCCGCUGUUGCCUCUCAGGGCUGUCACUGCCCCCUCCAGACCCGUGAGAUGCUG